AUGAUGAAAAUUUUGAGAAACUAUGAGAAGAUAUCAGAUCAGUUGGUCAAUAAGGGUAAGAGUUCUUUCUAUUUGCAUGAGAAAGUUCCAGUUAAUAUUGUGCGUAGAGUAAGAAGAAAAACUGGAAUGAGGAAAUGCUCCUUUCCUUUUACAUAUCUGGGUUGUCCAGUAUUCUAUGGUAGAAGGGAGAUUGUCUAUUAUGAUAAUCUUAUCAAAAAGGUUAUGAAUAGAGUGAUGUCUUGGCAAAACAGGAUGCUUUCAUUUGGUGGAAGAUACAUUUUGAUUGCACAUAGUAAUACUGCUGGUUUGAAAGGAAAUCAUUGGGUUGCUUGGGACAAAAUGUGUCUGCCAAAGGAUGAGGGGGGACUUUGCUUCAAAUCUCUCCAUGACAUAUCAAAAGCUCUUUUUGCAAAACUCUGGUGGAACUUCAAAACUUCAAUCUAUUUUCGGGGAGCAUUUACGGGAAACAACUACUUCUUAAAGCCGCAUCUUGUAAUUGCUUAA